UUGUCAACACGUUUCAGGGUUUCAUAACAAAAUCAUAUGAUUUUAUUUCGUUUUGUAAACAAUUAUUGUUAAAAUUUUAAAAUUAAUAAUAAUCGAUGAUGGAAGUAAAACAAGAAGUUGGUCAGAUAACUUCUGAAACAGAACUAUAUAAUGAGGAUGUUAAUGUUGCUCUGGAUGGCUUUAAAAUAGAGAUUAAAGAGGAACCAUUGGAGGAAAGUACAGAUGAUACAUUUGGUUAUUUGGAUGUAAAGGAACAUCCUAUAAAAACUGAAAUAAAACAAGAUGAAGAUGUUGCUUUACUGUUGCAGGAAGAAGGUUUAUUAUGUGUAGACAUACAAACUGAUGCCCGAAACAUUUUGAAAGAUCAUGUUAAAAGCAACACAAAAUUGAACCAAUAUCUAGCUGUCCCUAGUAAAGUGAGUACUGAAGAAACGCUUUGUGAAAGCGAAAUUGGCACCAAAAAGUUAAAACAACACAUGGCAAUUCUUGGGAAGGAGAAACCGUUUAUAUGCGACAUAUGCAACAAAAAGUUUCCGUUUAAUUCCUCUUUUAAAAUGCAUAUGAGAGUGCAUAGCCCUGUAAAACCUUUUGUAUGCGAAGUUUGCACCAAACAGUUCGCACAAAGUGUUCAAUUUGAAAGACAUAUGAGAGUGCACACUGGUGAAAAACCAUUCGUAUGUGAAAUAUGUAGCAAACAGUUUUCAGGAAGUUACAAUUUAAAGUUACAUAUAAUAACUCACACUCAAGACAAACCAUUUGCCUGUAAAGUGUGCUCCAAACAGUUUUCAUAUAGUUGGAGUUUAAAAAAACAUAUGAGACGACACAGUGGAGAAUGUCCCUACAAGUGUGACGUUUGUCCUAAACAAUUUACUCGACAAUAUAACCUAAAAUCACAUAUGAGAGGGCACACUGGAGAAAAUAUUUUUUCUUGCGGGAUGUGCACAAAAAAAUUUUCAAACAAGCGGCAUUUAACGAGACAUGCGGUGGUGCAUACUGGCAAAAAACCUUCCAUAUGUAUCGUAUGUUCUAAAGGGUUUUCGAACAAUUCUUAUUUAAAAGAACAUAUGAGGACCCACACUGGAGAAUGUCCUUAUAAGUGUGAAGUUUGCCAUAAACAAUUUACUCAAAAAUAUAAUUUAAAGUCACAUAUGAGAGUGCACACUGAAGAAAAUAUCUUUUCUUGCGGUACGUGCACAAAAAAAUUUUCAAACAAGCUGCACUUAACGAGACAUACAGUGGUGCAUACUGGUAAGAAACCUUCCAUAUGUAUCGUAUGUUCCAAAGGGUUUUCAAACGAUUCUUAUUUAAAACAACAUUUGAGAACCCACACUGGAGAAAAACCUUUGACAUGUGAUAUUUGCACCAAAAGGUUUGCAAUGAAGUUUCAAUUAAAAGCACAUAUCAAAACGCAUACUGGAUAAAAACCUUCCACUUCAUAUACACUUCUUCUUCUUCUACGGCACUUCGGCCCAAAUUGAGCCUUGAUCUCUUUUAUUUUUUGCCUUCACCCUUGUUUGUCUGUGGCUGCUCUUCUCCAUACACGGACUCCUAAAGGGCUUGUGCGUCGCUAUUUACUGUGUCUUCCCAGCAUCCCAGCACUUUCUUGGCUUUCCAACCGGUCUCUUUUCCUGCAUUCUAACGCUUAGUGCUCUUUUUGGUAGCCUAUCUUAGCACAUGUCCGGUCCAUUACAAUUUUUGUAUUCUAAUGAAGUCUGACAGGGGUGUUUCCUUAUAAAGUUGAUAAAGACGGAGACGGACAAAACACGACGUCACGUCGACCACUACACUCCCUCCGGGGGAUCAGUAUUGAAGAGAGAGUUCAGAUAGUCUUACGCUAGCCGUUGCCUUUUGGUAGAUAUAUUUGAUCAUGUAAAGGCCCCGUCUCACCAUCAAAUAAUUGACAGUUAUUUGAUCAAACUUGACAGUCAAACUUGACUAGUGACACAAACUAUACAUACUAACUGUCACUUUGUGUCACUAACUGUCAAGUUUGAUCAAAUAACUGUCAAUUAUUUGAUGGUGAGACGGGGCCUUUAGUGUAGCGAUGGUCUAUUCGGCAUUCUGUCAAUGCUUUUAACAUUUUCUGCUGGCUUAUGGUAUCAAAUGCUUUCUCGUAGUCUACGAAUAUCAGUGCCAAUGGUUUGUUGUAUUCCGCAGACUUCUCUAUCAGGUUUUUUAUUACCAGUAGAUGGUCGUUAGUGCUAUAUCCAGAUCUAAAUCCAGCUUGUUCUCUAGGCUGAUAGAAGUCUAACUUAGCCUCCAGUCUUUUUUUUUGAUAAUUUUUGUGAAAAGUUUAUAUACAUGUGAUAGCAAACUGAUAGGAUGGUAGUUUUUGAGAUCUGUAUGUCACCUUUCUUGUGUAAUAAAACAAUGACUGCAUUGUUCCAUUAAGAAGGGGGUUUUCCUUGGUAAAUGCAUUCGGUGAAAAGUUUGACCAAAGCCUGAAUAAUUUUAUUUCCACCUUGUUUUGAUUGCCUCGAUCACUAUUCCGUCAUCGCCAGGGGAUUUAUUAUUUUUCAUUUCUGAAAGUGCCGUUUUAACUUCAUAUGGUGUUACUUCUGGCAUUAAUUCUGAUCCCUGGUUUGUUAUUUUGGACAGGGACUGAUCUUGCCUUUCGUUGGUGCUCUCAUACAUUUCGCGAUAAAACGAUUGGACAACCUUGAGGAUUUCGGUUCUAUCCGUAGCAAUGUUGCAUCUUAGUAUUCGCUCUGAGCGUUAACAAAGUGUCAAAGCAAAAUCGACCGACCUGCUCAUGGUGGCGGUUUUUUGAAAUUUUAUAAGGACGCUUUGUGUAUGUUUAAAUGAGACAUUUAAAAAAAUGUCGUGUCACGCUAGUGAUAUUAUGUAUUAAUAUAAACAGAAAAUAAAAACGCACUAUAAAUUCUUCACUUUCCAAUAUUUAUUAUCAGUUUGAUUUUGUAUGCAUAACCUCACUAUCGCAAUUUAUGUCAAUAAAUAUUUAUUAACGAAAAAGAAAAUAUUUUGUUUCACUAUAAAUUACAGUAUAAAUUAAUAACUAAUGAAUUCUAACAAUUGUAUUCGGUUAUUAUCACUACAAAAUAAAAUAUUCAAGUUUAACAAAAUAAUCCCAUAAGACUCAAUGUUAAAACGUCCUUACAAAAUCUUGACAGCGUAUCACGUGACUGUACGUAGAGGGGAGACGCACGGAGCCAAUAGUAUAGUUGAUCCAAAAGAUGGCAUAACCCAGACAUCCAAAGUGAAAGUUAUCCUUCAACACCAAAUUGUUCUAUAUGGUCCACACAAUGUCCAGAAAAAAGUCACACCAUUUUGAGCGUCGGGUUUGGGGGGGAGAGGGGGGAGAAAUCGGUAAAUUCGUAGUUUUUUAAGUUUUUCGCCAAUAUUUCUAAAACUAUGCGGUUCAGCAUGAACAACCUUUUACACAAAAUUGUUCUACAUUAAAUUUGAAAUAAAAAAGGCCCUAUGCAUAAUCUUUCUAAAAUGAAUGGUUGCAAAGUUACGGAUGUAGUAUAAUAUAACUGGUCCAAAAAAAGGCCUAACCCAAACAUCCAAAGUAAAAGUUUUCCUCCAACACCAAAAUGUUCUACAUGGUCCACAUAUUGUUCAAUAAAAAGUUACACCAUUUUGAGCGUCCGGUUUGGGAGGCAGAUGGGAGAGAAACCGGUAAAUUAGUAGUUUUUUUUACGUUUUUCGUCAAUAUUUUUAAACUAUGCUUUAGCGUAAACAAUGUUGUAUACAAAAAUGUUCUACAUGAAAUUUAAAACAAAAAAUGUUCUAUACAUAAUUGUUAUAAAAUCAACGGUUCCAGAGUUACGGAGGGUGAAAUUCGAGGUUUUCGAUACUUUUUAUAUUUUUUGGGCAAUAUUUAUGAUAUAACUAUACCAAAAACCCAGACAUCCAAAGUGAAAGUUAUCCUCCAACACCAAAUUGUUCUAUAUGAUCCACAUAAUGUUCAGAAAAAAGUCACACCAUUUCGAGCGUCGGGUUUGGGGGGGGGGAGAGGGGGGAGAAAUCGGUAUAUAUAAAACGUAUCGAAAACCUCCAAUUUUCACCCUCCGUAACUCUGGAACCGUUGAUUUUGUAACAAUUAUGUAUACAACCUUUUUUGUUUUAAAUUGUAUGUAGAAUAUUUUGCUAUAGAACAUUCCUUGCGCUAAAGCAUAGUUUUAGAAAUAUUGACGAAAAACCUAAAAAAAACUACUAAUUUACCGAUUUCUCCCCAAUCUCCCCCCCCCCCAAACCGGACGCUCAAAAUAGUGUAACUUUUUACUGAACAAUAUGUGAACCAUAUAGAACAAUUUGGUGUUGAAGGAAAACUUUUACUUUGGAUGUAUGGGUUAGGCCUUUUUUUGGACCAAUUAUACUAUACUACCUCCGUAACUUUGGAACCGUUCAUUUUAGAAGGGUUAUGCAUAAGGCCUUUUUUAUUUCAAAUUUAAUGUAGAACAAUUUUGUGUAGAGGGUUGUUCAUGCUAAACCGCUUAGUUUUAGAAAUAUUGACGAAAAACGUAAAAAACUACGAAUUUGCAGAUUUCUCCCCCCUCUCCCCCCCCCCCCCAAACCCGACGCUCAAAAUGGUGUGACUUUUUUCUGAACAUUAUGUGGACCAUAUAGAACAAUUUGGUGUUGGAGGAUAACUUUCACUUUGGAUGUCUGGGUUUGGGUCUAACUGUACCAUACUAUCUUUGUUUCUCGCCUCAAAACGCCUUCUUCGUAUUUCGUCUCAAAACUUUUAAACUUUUGUUUUCUUGAAUUAUUUGAGUUAUUUCUCUUGCGUUGUUUUCUCUUAUGUCGUUUUGGAUUGAUCGGUGGAUAUCUUUAUUUAAUUUCUUCAGUGUAAUUGGAGUCAUAUUUUUCCGUCAGCUGUCUCCUCUUUCUUAUUAACUCUUUGGUAUUUCGGCUUAAUUUUUCUUUAUGGGUCACGACAGUCGGGCAUCAUUCCCUUCAUGUUUCUUCUAGUGCCUUCGUUAUGAAUUUAUUUGCGUGGGGUAGUCCUGUGAUGCCUCAGGUUAAACCCAGGAAUAUUUUAAACAUCACAUAUUUUUAACAACAUAAUGUAACACAUUUUAAAACUUUAUAAAAGUUUUGAUGCGAAAUACGAAGAAGGCGUUUUAUGGCGAGAAACACUGAUGAUGGAAUUAGUAUUCCGAAAACGUCCUGUUCUGUGAUGUAACACUUUUUAGUGAUUUUUGUAAAUAGGUAUACCUUUUACAAAGGAAUUUAACUAUUUUUCAGUUAUAUUUUAUGUUUGUUAUAUAUCUUAUUAUAUUUAUGUUUAAUUUAUUAUGUAGAUGUAGAUUAUUAAAAGAGUAUAUCUUAUUGAAGUUUUUUAAUAUUGUCGUUGAAAUUGUUUACCGUUGAUCUAGAUUAUUAU